CAUACCAAUGGACUUGAGUACAUCAUCAUCAAAACGUUCACCAUCACCGAAUAAUGUUGAUGUUAACACUGAGAAAGUGAAUCAUCGAGUUGCCAAAAGUGUCUUUAGUAUUCGCAACAUUGUCGAGACUGCCAAUCAUCAUGCCACUGAUACAUCUGCUGAAAAAAAUCCUAAUGAGAAUUCGAUAUCAACUAAUCCUGAGGCUGUGGUUCAAAACAUCAAUAAAUCUCCAAACCAGUCAGAUGAAGUACAUUCACAUCAUUCUAAUGCUAUCCAAUCCUUAUCACUACCUCAACAACAACAACAGCAACAGCAACAGUCAUUGCAAUAUUCGCAAUCUAAUAUACGACAAAAUAUAAGUCGGAUUCAAAUGGGUAUAUCAACAACUACAACUGAUGACGAUAAUCGAAUGGAAGACGGAGAAGAACCUCAUUCACGGAGUGUUGUUGCUGCGGCUACGCCUACAAGUCCAGAAAGUGAUGCAGAAGUUGAUGAUUUUGCGCCUAAACGAAAACAAAGAAGAUACCGAACGACCUUUACCAGCUUUCAACUUGAAGAAUUGGAGAAAGCAUUCACACGAACUCAUUAUCCUGAUGUCUUUACCAGGGAGGAACUUGCUAUGAAAAUUGGUCUUACAGAAGCUCGAAUACAAGUCUGGUUUCAAAACCGUAGAGCUAAAUGGCGAAAACAAGAAAAAGUGGGUCCACAAGGGCAUCCUUAUAACCCCUAUCUAAGUACACAUCCACCAUCAACAGCAAUUGUUGCGCCAACUUUACCACCUACUGCACCACAUCCAUUUGCCUGCACUCAUUUAGGAACAUUUACCUUACGAAAGCCAUUCGACACUGCAUAUCGGUAUGCAACACCAUCACUUCCUCUAGGACAUGGCCAAAUACUAAGUAGUGGAGCUGGUGAUAAUGAUAAUGGAGGUAGUAGUGUGACUGGAGCUCACUUACAUCAUCGGACAGUUCCACCCCCUGGUUUACUUUCAUCAACAUCAGCUGCUGGUAUAAUGUCACUACCUUACUGCACAGCAGCGGCAGCAGCAGCAUCAUUUCAAACCCUUUUGGCCAAUAUUUCAGUAGCACAACAUCCAAAAAUAAUGGUACAUGGACCAUCUUCAUCACAACGACCACCACCUUGUACAGCUACUGUUACAACUCCUUCAUUAAUGUUAACUUCUUCACCACCAUCAACAGUUGUUUGCACAUCAUCCUCUGCUACUGCUUCCAUGUUACCAACAGCAGUAGCUACAACUGCUAAACCAACUAAUAAUCUAUUGGCUAUUGAAUCAGCAAUUACUGAUAAUAUGAAUAAAAAUAUUCCACGUGAUAUUGACAGAAGAACAAGUAGUAUUGCAUCACUACGACUCAAAGCAAGAGAGUUUGAACUGCAUUUAGAGAUGCUUAGAAAAAAUGGAGACCUUAUUAGUUAAAACACAAUCUUAUUUGUUAAAUAUUGAGAUUGUAUUAUAAGCUACAUAUUAUAUAUAUAUAUAUAUAUUUUAUACUUUUUAAAGUCAACUAUCAUU